AUGAUAAUGUAUGUUGUCUUGACAGGUUUUAAACCAUUUCACACUAAAAUUCAUGAUAGUGAUUUGGUCAAGAAAAUUGUCAUUAAACACAGGAGACCAAAAUUUUACUUUCCUGAAGAAGAUAUUCCAAACGAUUAUUUAAACCUUUUAAAGAAAUGUUGGUCUUAUUCACCUUCCCUUAGACCAGAUAUUAAUCAAAUCAUAGAUCUCCUUCAGGAUUGGCUUACCCAAUUAGAUCAUAGGUCUUCCACGAGAAUUACUCAACAAUUCUCAAAAUGUGAGACAUCUGGGCGUGCAAAUCCACUCGAUAUUUAUUACCUUGAUGAGGAUAGUUAUUAUAGCAAAGAUUUGACUAGUUGUCAACUUAACUUUUUAUAA